ACGUGAUAUCAGGCAUGAAUGCACACGUUUUUGUUUAUAUGUAUUGUGUAUAAAUGUUGUAAAUAAAUUGAGCGAUUGUGUUUUAAGAGCUUAUUCUUAGUUGUUGAAGCAAUAACUACAAAAAAACAACGCAACAUGUCUGUUAUAAAUUAUAUUCAAUUACGUUUGGCACGAAUGUGUACACGGGGUUUUCAUAAUUCUGCUGCAAACUUGGUUAAAAACAGCUAUCCGUUAAAACCAUCCUCCAUCAACGAAACAGCAAAAAAAUUAGGGUUUACAAAUGCCAAAGAAAUGUAUCCAGAGUACCCACUUGAAGAACCACCUAAAUUAUGGAUGAUAACCCAAGUCCAACGUUUAAACUCUCGGCCAUACUGGGAGAAGGAAGCCAUGAAAGAACUCGGUCUAUAUCGGGUAAAUGAUAUCAGCAUUCAAAUCAAUUCAACAAAGAUGAACGAAAUUUUAUGGGGCAUUAAACAUUUAAUCAAAAUACAACCUGUCCGCAUGCCACAAGGUGAACCCACCAAAUCAGAUAUUGGGUAUACGCAGCUAAAGUUGAAUGGUGAAUUUGAAAUUAAGAAAAGAGUUGAAUGUAUAGAAAAUCCAGAAGAUGUGGUUCCAGUGGCACCAGAGGAAGAAUGGAAGGUUGUGGAUGGAUUCCGAACUUGCAAGAACUGCAGACAGAAGCGAUGCCUAGCGUUACAGAUGUGUCAAAAACUCUGGUUUCAAUAUGGAAAGAACAAUCUUGAAAGAAUAGGACCUGUAUUAUUCAACUAUGUAGAAAAUCCACUAAAGAAACAGAAGGCAAUAGAAGAAAAUCAAUUAAAAACUGAAAAGGGUAGUAAUAAUAUCAGAGAAUCUGCUGUUUGAUGAAUAAACAACACUUUUUGUAGCUUAAAAA